AUGGUGCUGUACAUCAGAAAUAUAGCCAGUGAAUGUAAUGAGAGAAUUUUAAAUUCAUUCAGGGAAAACUUAAAUAUGUCAAAUUCUACUGCAACUGAAAGAGCAAUUGCCAGGCUAGCAAUACACGCUAUUCUAAAGAAAAAGAUAGACAUGCUAAAAGCUGUUAUGCAAGUCUUUAAAGAUGCAAGAUAAAAUGUUGCUGAAGUCGAGUCACUAAAAAAUGCCUUAGAAGAAAAUCAUUCUAAGGAUACGUUGUGUUCAGGUGAUAAUAAAAGUAAGUUACGUCAUGAAGGAACUAUUAGAAGUGAGCAAAAAAUGAAGGAAUCCAAAAUAUCUGCAAAGAAACCAAUAAAUAAUUCAAAGAAAAAAAUGGGCAAGAUGGAACAUGGACGCAAAGCAGUGGACAUUUCAAAUUCUCCAUUGAAACCUUCAAAAAAUGAUCCUGUGGUUUCCACUGAACCCAAGAAGAAUUCUGCUGGCUCAAAACUGAAAACAGUAAGUCAAACCAAAAGAAAGAAAAGGUCUGAUAGCUCGCCCAGUAGUAGCAGUGAUGGCGAAGAAGGAUUACAUGAAGAGGAGUAUUUUGAUGAUAGCACAGAAGAAAGGUUUUACAAACAGUCUUCCAUGUCCGAGGAAAGUGAUAGUGGUGAUGACUUCUUCAUUGGGAAAGUCAGACAGACACGAGAGAAGAAUAGUAGUUGUCAUUCUCCUGUUAAGGAACAAAAACCUCUCCAAAAAGUGUUACCCAAAGAAGAUACACAUGAAAUUCAUUGGGAUAUAAGAAGUGACAAAAAUAAGGAAAGUACAGAUGCCAGGAAGUUAGAGUCACUGUUGUUUCACACUUUAUCUGGAUCUGAAGGCUCUAGACGAGAUUACAAAGAACAGGCUCCAAAGAGCAAAACCCUUGGUUUUCCACAGAGUGGACCUCAGAUCAAGAAUCAGUUUAGUAAGAAGCCACAAAGAGGAUUUGAAAAUACAAAACAGCAAUUGCAGCUACCUCUUGGUCCUUCAUGGGAAGCAAGCAAAAAGCAAAAAAAACAACAAUCUAAAAUUGCUGUGUUGCAGGGGGAAAAGAUUACAUUUGCUGAUUGA